CUCUCAACCUCGAUUGUCAACAAUCCCACGGCGAGAAGAUCGAGAAGAUCGUCUCAGCUUGGCCCGAAAAGAAAAGUACGAUCAGCAUGGAGUUUGGCGACGAGCUCUUUAACGUCUUCGAAGAGGACGGGGGUGGGACGGGCGAUGCCCCCGAGGACAAAGUCGGCAAGGCCGUGAGUGCGGCUGAUUUGGUCUCGUCCAUCGUUGGACAGAAACGCCCUUUGGCCACUGCCGACCCUUCGGCUCUCGAGGAGGAGGAAGUCAAGAAGGCCAAAACUGAUCCAGAGACUGUCACUCAGGAGGACGAGGACGAUGAGGAGCUGGAAGCCAACACUGAGGAUCAAGCCGAAACCGAAGGUCUGAUUGAAUCCGCGCCGCGUAUCCGCGUCCACACCUUGGACAUGGUGGGCUCGUGCACGCAUGAAGUGGCUUUGCCGCCGGGACAAGAUUUUGUGCCCUUGCGCAAGAUCGAGCAGGAACCCGCCAAGAAGUAUCCCUUCACUUUGGACUCGUUCCAGCAACAAGCCAUUCUCUGCAUUGAGAACAACCAGAGUGUCCUCGUUUCGGCUCACACCUCGGCUGGCAAAACCGUCACGGCCGAAUACGCUAUCGCUCUCUCUCUGAAGGAGAAGCAGCGAGUCAUUUACACCACGCCCAUCAAGGCCUUGAGUAACCAAAAGUAUCGGGAGUUCUAUGAAGAAUUCUCCGAUGUGGGCUUGAUGACCGGCGACGUCACGAUCAAUCCCACGGCCUCAUGUUUGAUCAUGACCACCGAGAUCUUGCGAUCCAUGUUGUACCGGGGAUCCGAGGUCAUGCGGGAGGUAGGUUGGGUCAUCUUUGACGAGAUUCAUUACAUGCGAGACAAGGAGCGGGGUGUGGUUUGGGAGGAGACGAUCAUCCUUCUACCGGACAACGUCCAUUACGUUUUUCUCUCGGCCACCAUUCCCAAUGCGCGUCAAUUUGCCGAAUGGAUCGCCCAUCUUCACAAUCAGCCUUGUCACGUGGUUUAUACGGAAUAUCGGCCCACGCCCCUUCAACAUUACAUGUUUCCCGAGGGCGGCGAUGGGAUUCAUUUGGUGGUCGAUGAGCACCGCCAAUUCAAAGAAGAAAACUUUUCCCAAGCCAUGAGCGCUUUGGAAUCCACCGGGGAUGAAGCCAACAAGGACAAACGCGGACGGAAAGGAGGUAUGCGAGAAGGGUCGAGUUGCUUCAAGAUCGUGAAAAUGAUCAUGGAACGGCAAUUUGCGCCCGUCAUUGUCUUCUCCUUCAGCAAGAAGGAUUGUGAGGCGUACGCCUUGCAAAUGUCCAAGUUGGAUUUCAACUCGGCUCAAGAAAAGAAACUGGUCGAUGAGGUAUUUCAAAAUGCCAUGACAGUUUUGUCGCAAGAGGAUCGCUCCUUGCCGCAAGUCGAAAAUGUAUUACCCCUGUUGCGACGUGGUAUUGGCAUUCACCACGGAGGACUCCUACCCAUCCUCAAAGAGACGACGGAAAUUCUCUUUGGGGAGGGUCUCAUCAAGGCCCUGUUCGCCACGGAAACCUUUGCCAUGGGUCUGAACAUGCCGGCCAGAACUGUACUUUUCACCGGCGCUCAAAAGUUUGACGGGACAAACAUGCGAUGGAUCACUAGUGGCGAGUACAUCCAGAUGUCGGGUCGAGCUGGUCGCCGAGGAUUGGAUGACAAGGGCGUGGUCAUACUUAUGGUGGAUCAGAAGAUGUCACCGGCCAUUGGUCGGAAUCUGGUGAAAGGCGCACCGGACCCGAUCAAUUCUGCGUUUCGCCUCACUUACAACAUGGUUCUGAAUCUCCUGCGUGUGGAGGAGAUCAAUCCCGAAUACAUGAUGGAAAGGAGCUUCCAUCAAUUCCAGAAUUAUUCCAAUAUCCCGGACCUUUACAAGAAAAUGAAGUCAUUGGAAAGUGACGUGAAGGCUCAUAACAUCGAGAACGAAGAUGAGGUGGCCUCCUACUUCCGAUUGCGAGAGCAAUUGACGAAUCUUAGCCAAGAGUUCCAAUCCUGGCUCACCAAGCCACAAUACGUGGUGCCAUUCAUGCAACCCGGCCGAUUGGUUAGCGUCAAGUUCAAAGACAAAGACUUUGGUUUUGGAGUGGUGGUCAAUUUUAAGAAACAAGCUCCCAGUGCCAAGAGUAAUCCAAUGGAGGCGGAAACACAAUAUGUCAUCGAUGUUUUACUCCACGUAACCAAAUCAACGUCCAACUCAAAGAAUCCUAAUGAUCUACAACCUGCCUUGGGCACGGAUGACAAAGGCGAAAUGGUGGUGGUGCCCAUAUUUUUGAACCUCAUUCACCAAAUCUCCAGUGUGCGCAUUUUCACACCCAAAGACAUUCGACCCAAGGAAAGUCGAAUGGCCGUUCAGAAGAGCAUCAAGGAAGUGUACAAGAGAUUCGGCGAGAGCAUCCCAUUGCUUGAUCCGGUCAAGGACAUGAAGAUAAACGAAAAACCUUUCAAAGAGAUCAUGAAAAGGAUAUCGGCAUUCGAAGGACGCCUGAAGUCGCAUUCACUACACUCCGAUCCCAAACUCGAGACAUUCAUGAACCAGUUCAACGCCAAGAACGACCUUCAAAUUGCCUUUGAGAACUCCAAGGCCGACAUGAAGCGAGCCAAGUCGUUGCUCCAAAUGAAGGAUCUCAAGAAGAUGAAGCGUGUUUUGCGCCGACUCGGUUAUUGCACUGCCUCGGAUGUGAUCGAGGUCAAGGGUCGUAUUGCGUGCGAGUUGAGUAGUGCGGACGAGCUCUUGCUCACCGAAAUGGUCUUCAAUGGCCUUUUCAACGAGCUCACGAGCUCUCAAGUGGCUGCACUUUUGUCGUGCUUCGUUUGUGAUGAGAAAUCGAAUGAGAUGCCCAAAAUGACCGAAGCCCUGACCGGUCCCCUCCGACAGAUGCAAGAUAUGGCUCGACGCAUUGCCAAGGUCUCCAAGGAGGCCAAGAUCAACAUCGAGGAGGAUGCCUAUGUCGAGACCUUCAAGCCUUUUAUGAUGGACAUUGUCCACGAAUGGUGCCAAGGCUCCUCUUUCCUGAACAUUUGCAAGAUGACAGAUCUCUUUGAAGGAUCGAUCAUUCGAUGCAUGAGACGUCUAGAAGAGCUUCUGCGGCAAAUGGUUCAAGCCGCCAAGAAUAUUGGAAACACGGAGUUGGAAAAUAAGUUUGCCGACUCUAUCAAGCUCCUCAAAAGAGACAUUGUUUUUGCCGCCAGUUUAUACCUGUGAUCUAAUUAGAUCAAACGUGUACGCAAUACGCAAGUAUAACGGUUAUUAUCUGGAAAUAUACUUUGCAGAGCCAUGCGA